AUGCUAGACUCACUAACAUUUAUUUUUGAGAAAUUCUUGCUUUUCUCAACUUUUAAACUUUUUCAAAGUAUAUGGCAGCAGGAGGAGAAGAGUCCAGUGAGAUGCUCUGUGUUUAGGAGAGGAGAUCUGCUGGAGGUUCCGCGCACUCUCUUCACUCAUUACGGCAUCUAUCUGGGCGAGAACAGAGUGGCGCACAUGAUGCCCGACAUCAUGCCUGUAUUAACCAAUAACAAACAGCUCAUUAAACCAGUCGUUACCAACAAAAGACUCAUUUUAGGAUGCAUUUACAAAAUCGCGAGUGUACGUGUUGAUUCGGUUGAAGAUUUCGCAUACGGAGCUCAGAUUCUGGUGAAUGAUAUGGAUAUGCAAAUAAAGUGCCAGGCUCUGGCGAACGAGGACGUGGCAAGGAGAGCCGAGAAACUGAUCGGUUCGAUCCAGUACAGCUUAUUAUGGAAUAACUGCGAACAUUUUGUGACGUACUGCAGGUAUGGGACACCUGUGAGCCGGCAGACAGAGAGGUUCUGCAGCUGUCUAAAAUCCAUCAUCCGAGACCAGAGAAGUGUGGCCUUAACUGUUCUGUUGGGAAUGAUGUACACCAUCUGCUUUGGACUGGCACCUUCAACUACACUACCCACAAUCCUUAUUCCUUUCACUCUGUGGAUGGCAGGCUGAGAGAACAUAUCCGGCAGAACACAGCCUGGCCUUGGGACACUUACACAAUAAUACAUGAAUACAUGUAUAUCUAAUCCACUAUAAAUUCUGAUCAAUGUUUGAUUAUGGUUUGCAUUUUGCGACUAUAGACGGUUUCAUCUUAACAACAUAAACAAAGGUAACUGCGCAUGCGCACUUUUGUGACCCCCAACCUAACUUCUGGUACACAUUUAAAAAUAGAGUGUCUAGAUUAUUUCUGAUAACAAUCAAAGGAAACCGAGAAGAACCGUUACUUCGCUAAUUUGUCUCUUCAAUAUUUUUAAUUUAGACU